AUGUCGUUUCAGGGUUACAACAAUGUUUCCGGCGGUCGACCCCCUGCCGCCGGAGGCAAGAAGAAGAAGGUCGCCAUCAUUGGCGUCUCUUCCAUAGUCCUGGUUGCCAUGGUGGUGGCUGUCGCGGUUGGCGUCAGCCACCGCCAGGGCUCCUCCGCGGGUACCGGUUCGAGUUCUGGUUCCGGCGAUAUCUCCACCACCACGAAAGCGGUAAAGGCCAUCUGCCAGCCUACUGACUACAAGGAAACCUGCGAGAAGACCCUCUCGUCUGCCGCCGGAAACACCUCCGACCCCAAGGAACUGAUCAAGGCCGGCUUCCAGGUCGCCAUGAACGAGAUCAGGGAGGCAGCGAAGAACUCCACCACCCUGCAGGAGCUCGCGAAGGACCCGAGAACCUCGCAGGCUCUCGAGAACUGCCGCGAGCUUAUGGAUUACUCCAUCGACGAUCUCCAGAACUCGUUCAACCAGCUCGGCGAGUUCAACCUCAGCAACCUCGACGACUACGUGGAGGACCUCAAGGUUUGGCUCGGCGGCGCCAUCACGUACCAGCAGACGUGCCUCGACGGGUUCGAGAACACCACGGGCGACGCCGGUGAGAAAAUGAAGAAGGUUCUCAAGACCGCCGGCGAGCUCAGCAGCAACGGGCUCGCCAUGGUGUCGGAGAUCUCUUCGCUGUUGUCGUCGUUGCAGAUUCCCGGGUUCAGCAGGAGGUUGCUGUCGGAUGAGUCAGAUGACUCGGCAGCGGACGACAGUGCGUGGUGGGAGUCCAGGCGGAACCUGAUGGAGGCGACUCCGGCAACGGUGAAGCCGGACGUGGUGGUGGCGAAGGACGGGAGCGGGAAGUUCAAGACGGUGGGAGAGGCGCUGACGUUGAUCCCGAAGAAGAGCAACAAGACGUUUGUGAUAUACAUUAAGGAAGGCGUUUACAACGAGCAAGUCAUCGUCACUAAAGACAUGACCCAUGUCAUGAUGAUCGGAGAUGGCCCCACCAAGACCAAGAUCACCGGUAACAAGAACUACAUUGAUGGCGUUCAAACCUUCAAGACUGCCACCGUCGCUGUGAUCGGAAGCAACUUCAUGGCGAAGGACAUGGGAUUCGAGAACAUGGCGGGAGCCGUAAAGCACCAGGCGGUGGCUCUUCGCGUCCAAUCUGACUUCUCGGUGUUCUACAACUGCCGGAUGGACGGGUACCAAGACACCCUCUACACGCAGACUCACCGGCAGUUCUACCGCGACUGUGUCAUCACCGGCACCAUCGACUUCAUCUUCGGCGACGGCUCCGUGGUCUUCCAGAACUGCCGCAUGCUGGUCCGCAAGCCCCUGGAGAACCAGCAGUGCAUCGUGACGGCGCAGGGCCGCAUCGACCGCCGCGAGUCCACCGCCCUAGUCCUCCAGAACUGCAUCAUCGCGGCGGACGUGGGCUUCGAUCCGGCGAAGGACAAGGUCAACGUCUUCCUGGGGCGGCCAUGGAAGGAGUACUCGAGGACCAUCAUCAUGCAGAGCCAGAUCGACGGGCUGAUCCACCCCGACGGGUGGCUGCCGUGGAUGGGCGACUUCGGGCUCAAGACGUGCUUCUACACGGAGUUCGGCAACCGGGGCGCCGGCGCCAGCGUCAACAAGAGGGUGAAGUGGAGAGGGAUCAAGACGAUCACCCCGCAGCACGCUGUGGAUUUCACUGCCGGGAGGUUUAUUGGUGGCGAUAAGUGGAUUAGGCCCACUGGGGUGCCCUACACCUCGGGUAUGAUGACUGUGUAA